GUUCAACGACGGUGACCAGUUCAAGGACCCUGACCUGUACUCAGACAAGUCGGACCGGGAGGGGGAGCAGGACCAUGAGGAGUCAGACGUGGAGGGUCUGGGGAAGAGCGAGGAGAGUGACAGUGACACGUCAGAACGUCAGGAUGACUCCUACAUUGACCUUGACCCCAACGAGGCCCUGCGGGAGACUCCGUACCUGGAACAGUCCCACGAGGAGCUGGGAGAGGCUGGUGAGGCGUCCCAGACAGAGACGGUGUCGGAGGAGAAUAAGUCUCUGAUCUGGACGCUGCUGAAGCAGGUCAGGCCUGGGAUGGACCUGUCUAAAGUGGUCCUGCCCACCUUCAUCCUGGAGCCACGCUCCUUCCUGGACAAGCUGUCCGACUACUACUACCAUGCUGACUUCCUCUCUGAGGCAGCUGUAGAGGAGAAUGCCUACAGCAGGAUGAAGAAAGUAGUGAAGUGGUAUAUCUCUGGAUUCUACAAAAAGCCACAGGGACUGAAGAAGCCAUAUAACCCCAUCAUCGGUGAGACCUACCGCUGUAUGUGGCUCCAUAGCAAGACCAACAGCAAGACAUUCUACAUCUCUGAACAGGUGUCCCAUCAUCCUCCAGUGUCAGCGUUCUACGUCAGUAACAGGAAGGACGGCUUCUGUCUCAGCGGAAGCAUCCUGGCCAAGUCCAAGUUCUACGGAAACUCCCUGUCGGCCAUAUUGGACGGAGAGGCUCGGCUCACCUUUCUCAACAGAGGAGAAGACUACGUCAUGAACAUGCCCUACGCCCACUGCAAAGGCAUCUUGUAUGGCACCAUGACUCUGGAGCUGGCUGGCCAGAUCACUAUUGCCUGUGAGAAGACAGGAUACAGUGCCCAGCUCGAGUUCAAACUCAAGCCCUUCUUGGGUAACAAUGACAGUGUAAACCAGGUCUCUGGAAAGAUCAAGCUGGGGAAGGAGGUGCUGGCUACGCUGGAGGGACACUGGGACAGUGAAAUCUUCAUCAACGAUAAGAAGACCGGGGUGGUGGAUACGUUUUGGAACCCCACGGCAGAGCUGCGUCAGAGCAGGCUAACACGCUGCACCGUGCCUCCUGAGGACCAGGGAGACUAUGAGUCUGAGAGGUUAUGGCAGCAUGUAACAAGGGCCAUCAACAACAAGGACCAGACAGAGGCCACCAAUGAGAAGUUUAUCCUGGAGGAGGCUCAGAGGAAGUCAACCCGCGAGCGCAAGGCCAAGUGUGAGGACUGGGCGCCCGGGCUCUUUGAACAGGACCCCGUCACCGGAGAGUGGCAUUACAGAUAUGCCGACACCCGUCCGUGGGAUCCGCUGAAUGAUAUGAUUCAGUUUGAGAAAGACGGCUGGAUCCAGACUAAAGUGCGGCAUCGCACCCCAAUGGUACGUUCUGCCAGUGUAAUUAGUCUCAGUAACCAGGGCCCCAGGAGGGAUGGCAAUUGCAAGUGCCAGGUGUACAAGCGUGUGUGUGCGGUGCGUGAGUGUUUUUGUGUGACAGGGCCCAAAAGAAAGCACAAGCACAGUGACAAGCCCAAGAAACCUGAGAGUGGCUGCUCCUCCCCAGAACCUGACCGCCAGGACUCCUCCGGCAGCGAGCGACACAACAGCAAGCACAGUAGCCGGUUAAGGAAAAAGGGCCCAGACCUUAGUGAACUUCAAAGUGCCAUUGAUUCUAUAAAGAAGACACAGGAGAACAUUUACAAGAGCAUCGGUGUGCUGCGCUCCCGAACUGCAGCGGGCCAGACGGCAGCAGAGGGCGGAUUCCUGCAGCAGCGCGACUACGCCAUCAUCAUCCUCCUCAUCCUCCUUCAGGUCUUCAUCAACUUCCUGUUCAAGUAGCAGCCGACAGACUGACAGCGAGAGAGACAUAUGGAGAGAGACAGAUGGAGAGAGAGAGACAUGACUCAUGGGGGGUUUGUCCAGGCUAAGGAGGAGAAACAGUCUGGAAGUGAACGAACUACAAGAGCACCCAGUAGCUCUGCCUCAACCCUCUCUCGCUCUCUCGCUCUCGCUCUCUCUCGCUCUCUCUCUCUACUGAGUUGAACCUGCUCCACUGUCCUCCGACGGGCCACCAUUGUCACGCACACGUCUCGAAAGCAAGCAUUCCUGAAAGAGGCUCCUCAAAAACAACUGAAAUUGUUUUUAAUUUCUAUUUAUUUGUACCCGUUUAAAGAUCCAUGUAUUUUUAAAGGGGGGGUGACACCGGCCAGGACUGAAGGGAAGUUGAGGUCAGCGUUCGGCCUUAGCCGACGUCAUGAUGUCGUGAACUGGGCCUUGGAGUAGGCAUUGACAUCUGGUGGCCAUUUUUAAUUUUGCUAACGGACACCGCUCCUUGCAUUUCACAUUGCCCUGAUUUCACCCGGCUCCCCAACUACAGGAAACAUUUUACACUGAGACUUUUGAAGAAAAAAGUUCAAUUUUUUUUUAAAGACUGUUGUUUUGUUUGUUUGGUGUGUCCUUUGUGAGUAGAACCUCUAGUUAAAAAAUAUACGAGAAGGGAGAAGAACAGUUUUAAGCGGUCCAAUAUAUGUGACGUUCUUUUGAAGCUUUGACAAGGCUCGAGUUUCCUAGCUUGAAGGUGAAUCGGCAACAAAAGAAAAA